UUCAGCUCAACUUUAGAUUUCGAAAUUUUCGAAUUCGAAAUCAAUUACUUUUAAUUGAGUCGUGUAUUUUCCAUGUAUUACUAGUGCUAUCUCAGCAUUAUAGCUAACAUUUCAAACACCUAUUGACGUUGAAGCUACAGCUAAUAAUGGCAGUCGAAAAACUAAGAAUUGUUUCACAACCAACUGCUCCAAAAAAGUCGAGAUUAGAAAUGAAUGUGCGGCUACUUCUAAACAGAUGUGAGCUGAUCGCAAAGCAGGAGGCUGUCGAAGGCAACUGGAGGCUUAAGAAAUACGUUGACUCAUUGGAUGAGAUGUUGACAGAACUUAGAACUGGGCCAGACAAGCCUUCAAAAGAUGUUCUCAUAGAGUACACCAAAAGAGCUGGUUUCUUGAAAGGUUUAAUCCAAACAGCUACAUUGAAUAGUCCAACUGAAAAGUUGGAAGCAGUUCAAUUGCUAUCUCAUGGGGCUGCCACACUAUGCACUGAUGAGUCGGCGCAGGAAAUACACCAGAAGACAGUCGCUAAAUAUGGCAAUGAGUUGAGGUCUGAACUUUUUGGACUAGAAGACACUGACGACACCCUCCGCAAACGCAACAUCAUCAAAGCACCCAACUUCACAAGCACGAGCAGCAGCCAAGAGGAUAUGGACUCUCUGCUCAAAUACCACCAGAACAUGCAGGAGAAGGUUGCGGAGAACAUGGUGCUGCUGACCAAGAGUCUGAAGGAGCAGUCGCAGAUUGCUAGCACUAUUAUUAAGAAUGAUACUGAGGCAUUGAAGAAAUCAUCAGAAAUGACGGACCGCAACGUGGACUCUCUGAAGGUGGAGUCAGAAAGACUUCAGGAACACAGCAGGAACGCCUGGAAGUGUUGGCUCUGGAUCAUGCUCGCUAUCGUCACCUGCAUAUUCAUUAAUAUGGUGUUAUUCAUGAAAGUCAUGAAGAAACGAAAAAUAGAACUGUAAAUAAGUGGAUGUAAGUAAAUCAAUUCAACUUUAUAUGUGUAUCUUAUAUUAUCAAAUCGUUAAAAUUAUAUUUGACUAUUUAUUAUAAAUUAAGACAUGACUUGUAAAUAUAUUGAAAAUAAAUAAUUUUAUUUGACAUUUUCACGGGAUUUGAAGUAAAAAAUAAAAAAACGGUAUAAUUUUCCCAAUUUAUUACAUUGUUUCAAAACCUACGGAACUUUGAUACUUUUUAUAAUUUAUAAGUAUAUAUCGAAAAUCUGGUUACACCAAUACAAUACCAAAUCCAGAUUUGGUCCAUUGUUCUUUACAUUUAACUGAAGAAUAUGAAGGAAAAAGAUUAAAUUCAUUCUGUUCUAAAUAAAAGCCUUUCAUUUAGUCAAGAAUAUUACCUAGGUCUUGUAGCUUACAAUAUUUAUAUUCUCUUCAUAUUAUCGAUACAUCAACCGUUUAGUUACUUAAUCGCUAUGGCUUUGUUAGUAUAUACGCCAUAUUAUUAAAUUAAAACGGGACUUAAUCUCAUAGGACUUACGGCAGGUUGCCUGUGACCACGGACGUAGUCACGUCUGAAACGUCAGGCCAAAUAUAAACGUAAGUCUUACUCGACUAAGUCCCGUUUUAAUUUAAUAAUAUGAGUGAAAAUCGUGUUAGUUUAAAUCGAUAUACGCCAUUUUAGGU